AGGUAAAUAUUAAACGCGGAUUGCCCGCGUGUAAUAUGCAGGUGAACUCUCUAACCUGUUGAAGUACAAUAGCGGUUCUGUUCAUCUGUAGUGCAUCUGCUUCCUCACUUUGCUGUGAACUUGCAGAAAAAGCUAAUGACCAGACCGUACCGUUGCAGCUGAGAACUCUCAUUGGGGAACUUUUGCAUAUAUCUCUUAGUUUUAAGAUGCGGCGAAGUAGAUCUAAAGAGCUUGAUGCGGAAUAUUGCUGCAAGAUUCGAUUGUUAGAUGACUCGGAACUAUCGUGCGAUUUUAAGAAAGAUGCAAAGGGAGAGGAUGUGUUUUCAUUUGUCUGCAAAGAGAUGGACCUGAUUGAAAAGGAUUAUUUUGGACUCAGAUAUGUUGAUAACAGCAAGCAAAGACAUUGGCUUGAAUUGAACAGAGAGCUUUCAAAGCAGCUGAAAAAUACAAGACAGCCAUAUAUGUUUUUCUUCAGAGUAAGGUUCUACCCAACUAAUCCCUCAAAACUUCAUGAAGAGAUAACAAGGUACCAGCUGUUUUUGCAAUUAAAAAGAGAUAUUCUCCAUGGAAGGCUUCUUUGUCCUUUUACUGAGAUUACGGAAUUGGCUGCGCACAUUGUUCAAGCUGAAGCAGGAGAUUUUGAUGAAACUGAGCACCAAGGGAAUUACAUCAGUAGUAUAAAACUUUUACCAAGGCAGACGGAAAAACUAGAAGAUAGAAUAGCAGAAAUCCACAAAGCCUUGAGUGGAACGACGCCCGUGCUGGCAGAGGAAAAGUUUUUAGAUAAAGCUAAGGAAAUGGAUCUGUAUGGAGUCGACCCACACCCUUGUCGAGACCAGGACGAUGCUCAGCUUUAUCUUGGACUCACGCCUCAAGGCAUACAGGUUAUACGAGAUGCAAAACGAGUUUCUGGUUUUCCUUGGGGUGAAAUUCACAAGGUCACAUAUGACAGCAAAGCUUUUUACAUACAGACCCUAAAAGACAAGAAAAAGACAAACUACUCGUUCAAACUGAACGAUGCCCCAGGUUGCAAACAUCUUUGGAAAUGCACCAUUGAACAGAUGGCCUUUUAUGGUGGGGAUUCAGUAAAAGCUCAACACGCAAAGAGAUCGACGUUAUCGCCACAGAAUCUGUUCAAAAGAAAAAAAUACACUUACAGUGGGAAAACAGAAUCUCAGAUCAACCUUGAAGUUGAGAAGAUCCAUAGAAUCCAGCCUAAUUUUUCAAGAACACCGAGCAUCCGCAUGGUGACAUCACGGAAAACCAGUGCACAGCAGAGCCGCAAUUCUUUUGCGCUUGAUGACCGUGCAUCGCAGAUUUUCUCUACAACUGAGUCUGGACAACGAGACCUGAAUGUCUCAAAUGGAGAUGACGAUAAAGAGAGGGCAGAUGAGAGGCAAGUCGACCACCUCAAAGAAUUCGAAACUAGCGAAUUCCCGCCAGAACCGCCAUUGGAUGCGUCACGCACCUCCUUAGCGGUCACGGAUGAGGAUCUCUCUGAAAGCGACCGCUCGCCAACCGGUCCUAUGGAAUCUGCGGAAGAAGACGAAAUCAGACCUGAAUGCGAUGAAAAGUCUGCUGGAGAAGGGGCACGAGGAAUUAAACUCUGGAGAAAAUCAUUUUUGAUCUUUAUUAUUUUAGGUUUCAUAGCCCUGUUCCUAGCUCUUUUGAUUGAAAUGAAAUUGAAUUUUACGAGACGUGGUUAGUACAUUUAUGGAAAACUAUUUCAUAAAGAAUGUAGAGAUAAAUUAUAGCAUAUAGAUAAGUAGUUACGGAAUCCGGAAAGAGUGGGGGUUGCACGGAUAACAACUGUUAGAAAGGAGAUUGAAAACAAAAGAUUUACAUCAACUACACCAAAAACUAUGCCCUACUUUAUUGUUUUCUGAUGAAAUCUGACAAAGUUUUGUUUAUUGACCAAAGAAAGGAUGAAAAAUUUGCUGUAUUCUAAAUAGGCAAGUUGACGAAAUCAUUGAGUCGAAAUCGAGGCAUUUUCAUUUAAUGUUUCCCCGAUCUGACUGAUUCGAUGUGGUUGCUAUGAUUCCUCUUAGAGCCGAUAAUCGUUUUUAGCGUAGCAAAAGGACAUUCUACACAAGCGUUUUUAUGUGAUUUUGCCAAAAUUGACUAUUGCUUGGAAUUUCAAUCUGAAUUUUGUUUAUUAACAUGUUAAGGUAGGUUUAUGAUAACGUGGAAAAGAACAAAUUUGUAUUGUCUUGAUAUAGGUAGAGUACACUUCCAAAAGCUUAGUCCAGUAGUUUACUGAUGAUAUUUCCCGAAUUUAACUUCUGAUUAUUCAUCUUAAACAAAGAAGGAACAAGGCCAUGCAUAUCAGGGAGCCAGAGGGUAGUUUCCCCUAGAAACCCUAAAUUUUGAUGUUUGUAUAACCUACUGUUAUAAAAGCAAUUAAUUCAAAAUCCUUGAAAAAGUGCAUCAAUUUGAAGAGUAAAAAUGAAGUUAUUGAGCUGUCUAAAACUAUCUUUUGUGUUUACAUAUGCUAUGGCUCAUGACAUAUCCCUAUACACCCUUCCAAUAUUACGCCCACUGAAAUGUACCAGUGUAUGACUUUGAGAACAUAGUAUUUAUGAAAUGCUAAUAUCACGAUGCAAGAUAUUCUGUAUUAUUGUUGGCUGCAAUUUGAGAUAAUUUUAGUGUUUUAUUGUCAUUAUUGCGAUUAUCUGUAGAAAUUCGUUAUAUAUCACGCAAUAGUUAUAUCUGUGGCUUUUUUACAUUAUUUUCUUCCAGUUGAAAUGAAAGCCUUCAAGAAAUUGUUUUUAAAAGUUUAAUUAAAAGAAAUAAAAGAAGAUGCGAGAACUGUCAUCACUCUUCCUUUUUGAGCAAAAUAGGCAUUUUUGAAUCACAGUUAUUCACUGAAAGUAUUAUAUUUGCAAACGAUCAUAAGCUGCAUUACCUUCAUUUCGUUUUCUUUGAAGGUUAAAAAGUUUAGAUGAGCAAAAUAUGUAAUAUUGGUUGCUUAUAUGUAAUACGUCCUGGUGUAAUAAAAAAUUAAGCAGUUUUGAGACAUAUUGGACAAAGAAUAAGAUAAACAUUGGAUAGAUAAAUAUAACAAAGAGUCGUGUUGUUGAGAAGUCUUGAAAAUGCUCAGGGCCUACUUUGCCACUGGUCUUGGGUAGUGACGGCUGUUUUUCAGUGCAAUGCGUCUAAGGUACCUUAUCCGUAUCUGGUUUGCUCUGUCUGAAUUCUGCUGCCGAGAAUUCUGCUUAAAUUCUAUCCUUUUUCCAAUUUCUUCCAAAUUUCUAUCUUAUCAUCUUUAAUACUUAUCUUUUCAUAUCUUUCAA